UGAUUUAAAUGUAUCAUGUGGCGCAAGUCGACAGGCAGUGAGGCUCCGGGGCCCUCCACCCCCGCCCCCUCCCUCCCUCCCCUUCCCUCUCAAAGCACCUCCUGGUCUGCCUCCGUCCACACCUUUAACGCGGGUGUGACAUUUUCCGAACGCCUCAUAGGAGUCCCAAAGCAGCGCGCCGACAUGACGGACUCUCAGCCGCCGGACUCGGCCGCGUCAGGAGGCGGUUCCGACCGCCGGCAUCAUUGGGCCAGCAACGGCAGUCAGGGAGAGUUGACCAAGAUGGACCAGGAGAUGAGGAUCACCGAGAGCCAUGAGGACGGAGGUCUUCUGGAGAGCAGCAUGCGCCUGAAACCACAUGAAGCACAAAGUUAUCGCAAAAAGGCCCUGUGGGUUUCCUGGGCGUCCAUCGGGGCAACAAUUAUCCUGGCCAUCGCUGCCUUCACUGUCUCUAUCAUGCGACACAGUGCUUCUGCUUUUGGAUUUGCUUUUGACGCAAUGCUGGAUGUCCUGUCCUCUGUCAUUGUGCUGUGGCGUUACAGCAAUGCUGCAGCAGUCCACUCAGCUCAUCGGGAAUACAUAGCCUGCAUUAUCCUGGCCGUGAUUUUCAUCUUAUCAUCCUUGUGCAUAAUGGCUAAAGCCAUCCAUGACCUGGCCACCAAGCUUCUGCCGGAAGUGGAUGACUUCCUCUUCAGCGUCUCCAUCGUCAGCGGCAUGGUGUGCAUCUUCCUGGCUGUGAUCAAGUUCAUGCUGGGAAAGGUGCUCACAAGUCGGGCCCUGAUCACAGACGGCUUCAACUCUCUAGUGGGGGGUAUCAUGGGGUUCUCCAUCCUCAUCAGUGCAGAGGUGUUUAAACAUCAGCCCACGGUCUGGUACCUAGAUGGGACAAUAGGUGUCCUCAUUGGCCUAAUAAUCUUGGCCUACGGAGUCAAGCUGCUGCUGGACAUGAUCCCCCGAGUGAGACAAACCAGGAACUACGAGCGCUUUGAGUAAUGCUACGCCAUUUGACGGCGCACAAUGGAGCUGAUGUGGAUUAGGAGAGCGGCAUGAGAGAGACAAAGGGUUUGGUCUUUUUAGGACCCCUCCAUCCACCCUUGCCAAAAACUCUGCAGAAACAACAUCAUCUCCAUUCAAUUAUUUCACCUGUAUGGAGGAGGUUGCCAUUUUACAAUGUAGUGUACUGUACAUGUCUAUAUAAAUGAUCUUGAGGAGGUUGA